CAGACAGCUCCCCUCACUCCUCUACACCUAUCUAAUCUCCUUCCUUUCCUAAUACCUCAUUCCUACUACUUGUGAUCGCCCACUUCGUGUCCACACAAUGGAGAAUCAGAAAAUAUCCGAUUUUCUUGCCGACCAGCUACAACAAGCUCCCGAACAGUGCCAGGCGUCAUUCUUGAGCUUCGAAGAGUACUGGGAGCGAAAAUUAUGGCACCAGCUGACCAAUGCCUUGAUCGACUUCUUCCGACUACCAGAGAGCGCGCCCCAACGGUUACCGUUAUUCAAGACCUUUGUCCUAAGCUUCGCAGACAAGAUCAACCAGUUGAACUUUGUCUCGUUGGGGUUGAUGGCAUCUACAGAAUGCGCGGAUGACCAAGAACGGCUUUCCUUCCUCACAUCACUCGCCGACAAAGUGAACAAGCCAGACUCACAAGACGCUUACAUCUACGCCCUUGCGGAGGUUGCCAAUGUCAAACAACGGCUUCAUAACCUGGACGGAGCGCAGAAGGAUCUAGAGACAUGCCAGAAAGUGUUGGACUCAUUUGACGCGGUUGAGAACGUCGUACAUGCUUCAUUUUACAAGGUCAACGCCGACUAUUAUCACGCCAAACAAGAAUUCGCCUCCUUCUACAAAAACGCCCUCCUCUACCUCGCUUGCAUCGACCUAGAGGACCUCUCGGAGUCCGAGCGUGUAUCGCGUGCCUACAACCUCAGUGUUGCUGCCCUCGUCUCAGACUCAAUCUACAACUUCGGUGAACUACUCUUGCAUCCGAUCUUGGAUUCGCUCACCGAGACGCCACACAGCUGGCUUCGAGACCUGCUUUUUGCCUUCAACCGCGGCGAUUUGACUGCAUAUGACGUCCUCGCAGGGAACAUCUCUAAGAACCAGCUCCUCCAGGCGCACCGCUUCUUUCUAUACCAGAAGAUCUCCCUUUCUGCACUCACGGAGAUGGUCUUUCGCCGUCCUCCGCACGAUCGCAACUUGACUUUUGCGUCUAUCUCCGCGGAGACAAAGGUGAAGCCUGAGGAGAUCGAACAUCUAGUUAUGAAGGCGCUUUCGCUGGGUUUGCUGAAGGGCGCCAUUGACCAGGUCGGCCAGAUUGCUCAGAUCAACUGGGUACAGCCUAAAGUGCUGGAUAUGAAACAGAUCGAGGGUAUGCGGAAUAGACUGAAGGACUGGGACGCCGGUGUUAACCAGCUGGGUCACUGGAUCGAGGGCGUGGGUAAGGAUGUAUGGGCUGCAUAGAUCAUUUAUUUCUCAAUCUUUCCGACCUGCAUGUACCUAUGUACCCUGUA